AUUAUAAAUUUUACAUGUCCAUAUAUGGAGCAUAUACAUUCAUAUGUCGUUAUUUAUCGCCAUACAUGAUCAAAUUGCACAUUUAACAUGGCACAAAAUGUGAUCAUAUUAGUUCAUAUAUGAUCAGACAUAAUGAUACAUGUAGUUAAAUAUGCCACCGUAUCUGGGAAUAAAUUUUUAUAUUUAAUAGUAUAUGAACAUAUGCAAAUGAAAUAUGAACAAUAUAAUUAGUUUUACAUGUCCACUUAUGCAGCAUAUAUAUUUAUUUGUGAUUAUAUAUCUCUAUAUAUGAUCAAUUGGGAUGAAUACAAAAAAAUGUGAUAAAUUAUAAACAUAUAUACUUCAUACGGCCACAUAUGAGAAUAUAUGAUUAAAUCAUUUUUGUAAAUCCUAUUUAAGUAUGUCUUAUAUAACCAUAUAUGGUCUAAUGUUCUUGUAUAUUAUCAUAUGUGAUCAUGUGGAAGCAUUUAUAUGAUCAAAUAUAAUCAUAUAUGAACAUAUAUACUAGGUCUAUCCAUAACUGGUCCGUGCUUAUGAAUAGAUCCAAAUAUAUAUGUUCAUAUGAUUAUACAUGACCAUUACAAUUUUUUAAACUUUAAAUAUGACAGAUAAUCAUAUAUGAUUAUAUGAGUUUUUGCGGACAAAAUUCAUAUAUGAGCACAUAAUAUUAUUUUUUAUAUGAGCAUAUAAGAGCAUAUAAGAGGUAUUUUUUCCCGAUAGUAAUAAAUUACUACACGCAAUUAUAUGUAAUUAUAUCAAAAUUUGUAUAAAUUAAUAUGAUAAUGUUGGAGGUCAUCAAAUUAUAUAUGACUAGAUUGAAUUAUGUAUGGACAGAUAUUUUUAAUACGAAUAUGUCUGUUUGUGCCUGAUCGUACCUGAUCAAACAUGAACAUAUAUAAUAUUAUCAAAUCAUUUUUUAUCAUGUCUGGCCAAUUUUCAUAUAUGACCAGACGUGACCAAAUAUAUAUGAUCAUUUAUGAAGAGAUAUGAAUAUUUUUUCCCGGGAAGAUAAAAAAAGUUUACAAUAAUCUUAGCAAUACAGCACGUAAGUGUGGUAAAUGUGCUAGUGAUAUAUGUAUUUUAAAUUGUUGUAUUUAAUUAUCUAAGGGUGGUAUAGUAGUGAAGAAUGUUUAUUCUCAAUUUAAAAAAGAAUUAUUUCGAUAAUGAAAGUAGUACCAUAUAGUCGAAUUUUUUAUUAUAUUUACCUUUACUAACUUUAGACCAUAUUACAGCAAAAAAAGGCAACAAAAUGAUUAUUUAAAUAUUUUUCUUUACUUGAACACCUGUGCCACUUGCUGUGCUAGGCCUGAGCAAAGAGACUCCCUUAAGGCGCUUUUUCCCACAAACUCCCUCUGUGUCUAUCUCUGCACACCCGCUCAACUCUAUUCAUAACUUAAUUAGUCAAAGAUAUGAUAAUUAUUUCGGCAUAGAAUCAAAGACACUAACAACAGCUUCGCAUAAACACCGAAUUAAAAGAUAGAGAGAAAGAUAUAUAAGACGCGCCGCAUUAAAAAAGAUUAAAUGACUAAUUAGCAAAUUAAUUACACUUCCCUUUUUUCUUUUUUUUCUCUUUUUUUUUCUCUAGAGGAAACUGUUUCAACAAAUUUGCCUGGCACAAUGAUAACCAUGUAUAACAUUACAACGUUCAUUUUGCCCUUAGUUCAGUAUCACCCGAUCGCGACGGCGAGGACGUAAACGUCAAGUGACGCCUAAUCAAACCGGAGGUCUUCAACUCCCAAUUAUUCGAUUACCUGCGGUUGAAAAAGUUAUCUCCGAUCCGGCACGGGUCUCCGGGGCCUUUUGAGUUAGCCUCUCCGCUGAAGCAGGAAGAGGCAGCAACAAUGGCAUUAUUCGAUUAUCUGCGGUUGAAAAAGUUAUCUCCGGUCCGGCACGGGUCUCCGGGGCCUUUUGAGUUAGCCUCUCCGCUGAAGCAGGAAGAGGCAGCAACAAUGGCAUUAUUCGAUUAUCUGCGGUUGAAAAAGUUAUCUCCGGUCCGGCACGGGUCUCCGGGGCCUUUUGAGUUAGCCCCUCCGCCGAAGCAGGAAGAGGCAGCAACAAUGGCAGAUGUACCUCUACGCCCAGCAGCACUGUCCGCGACCUACACAUCUCGUCCUUCUUCGCGAUCUGCUGGGGACGUCGCACCUGCCCGGACCCCGACGUGGCCAAUACAGAUGGAUAGACAAAUCCAGGCGCCCCCGCGCCAACGACCACGCAUCAUAACGGACGAGAUCUUCCUGGGCACUCCGCCCCGUUUUGUUCUACGUGGCGAUGCCUCCCCUAAAACUACCGAAGCGGCCGCACGAUUUGAACUGUUUCAAAGAGAAAAAUCUUUGCAGUUAUUGCAAAGUAGUCAUCAAAAUUUUGUUCCAUCCUACAAGAAAGAGUUAGAAUGCAAGAAAUAUUUGUUGGAAAACAAAUCAUCAGACACAACCGUAUCGCUUCAAUUGACGAAACAUUAUUCUAACACUGAAAGUAACAUUGAUUCUUCGAAAGAUGACAAUAUUUUUGCAGAGCAGCAUAAGGAAAAAGAAAAAAGUAAGAUCGAUGAACCAGAGAUAAAACAAUUUUCUUCAAUAAAGACCAAACCAGUAGAUAUGCUACCAAAAUCUUCUACAAUUAUUAAUACUUUUUCUGAGUACAAUGUUAACUCAAGCAACGUAAUAAUUCCAGAAUUAAAAACGUAUUCAACAGAAAAAGCUAAUAAUUUCACAGUUGAGAAUCAAAAUGCUCAUUUAGAUUUAGAGUUAGUGGAACAUAACGCUACAUCAUUACGUCACAAAAUUAUAAGAAAAGAUGCUAAUCGGACAAAUAUAAAUUUAGAAUCUAAAAAUCAGUCAACAAAUAAUCUACAUAUUGAAAAAAAUUCCGAAGAAAUAAUUAAAAGAAAGCUAAGUUUCGAAAGUUUACAUGAAAAUACAUUGCCGGCAAAAAUACAGAAGAAGAAUGAAAUUAACACAUUAUUAGAUCAAGUAGUAACAGAUAAUAAUAUUAAAUUAUCUAACUCUAUGGAUCAUGUGAAGCAAAAAAUUUGGAAAAAUGUUACGAAAUGUAUGGUGAAAAAAAAGGAAAAUUACCAAUCAUUUAAGCAAAAAAAAGAACAAAGAAAGAACAGGUAUAAAAAGAAUAAAAAUAUACGAGAAAAAUUUUGCGAAUAUUUUGGGUCCUUGGAUUCUAGCACAAGUGAAAGAGAAGAGGAACAUGAAAUUCUGUUAAAUUAUGUGAAAAAAAAGAAACAAUUUGAUGAUCCAUUGCAUAAUAAUACACCAGAAGAGGAAGAUAUUCAUAAAGGAUAUAAAAAGUUAACAUAUGAUGCCUCAACUAUCUUACCAAAAAAUGUAGAGAAUAUAAAUUCCGAUAAUUCAUAUAAAUCCACAGCCAGCAUUGAAAAAUAUUUUGUUAUGCAUGAUGUAACAACAGAUGAGGAGAUACAAGAUAGAACAUCAACAGACGAACGUAUUACAUUGAUUAAUAAUUUGCAAGAAAACGAUGAUUCCGACAAUUCAUGCGAUUCCACAGUAAGCACCAAAAAAUAUUAUGCUAUGCACAAUGCUACAACCGAUACGGAGAAAGAAGACAGAGCAUUAACAAGCACAGAUUCCACGUUAGUUAAUAAUUUGCAGAAAAAUACAGACAGAUAUAACUCUGAUAAUUCAUGCGAAGAGAAUUCUUCAUCAAUUGACACAGAAAACAAUAGCAAAAUUUAUGUACGCACAAAAAAAAGCAAAGAUAUUACGCCAUUAACGAUUGAAAUGGAUUUAGAUGAAAACAGUAUGAAGGAUAUACAUUUAGACCAAAGCAUAGAGAAGAAAACUACUUAUAUGUCUGUACAAAACCACCAGAAAAUUCAAGAAACAUGCAACAACAAAAGUGUUGAUUUAAACCAAGACACACAAAGAUAUACAACAUCAAAUUUAGAACUGCCGAUCACGUUUGCACAUGAGUUAUUGUGCAAUGUUAACGAGAAAAACAGCUGUGAUGCAAACAAUUUAUUAUUAGCAAAUAAUGAUAAUAUUAGGGAAGAUGGAAAGACAAGUCUCCUUGAUCAAUCCUUAAUAACAUUUAAAAAAAAUUUAUCGGAAAAAAAAAACGAGUCUUCUUUUAUACAAACGAUAAAUUCGCCAACAUCUUCGAACAAAUCAGAUUGUAAUAAUAGUCACUCAUUAGACAAUCAUUCAACAGAUGAUGAUAAUGGUGACUAUAUAGAAAUAAAAAUAAAACAAAAUAAAAAUAGAAAUAAAAAUAAAAAUAAAUUAAAAUCUCGAGUACCGCGGAAGUUUUCACUAAAAGCAACGUGGUCGUGCAUCGAAAACUUAUAUACACUUAAAGAUAAUCCAAACGGCCUUAAUGUACUUUUUGAGAGGAAAACAUCUGAAAAAUCCAAGCAUACGACAAGUAAAAAUCCGGAAAACAAUACAUUAUUAGAUGACAAACAAGAUACGCCUGCUGAAACUGAGAAAAUAAUAUAUAAUUCUGUUUCUACUUUCAUAGAUAAUGCAAGUUGUUCUCAACAACAAAAUUUUCAAGACUCUCCAAUUUUAAACAAAGAUAAAAAUGCGAUAGAAGUUAGUCAAAGGGAAACAGAUAAAUACACGCAAUCUGUCAAAAAAACACCACAAAUAACAACUGAGAACGAUCGUGGAUCAAAUAAACUCGCGUGCGAUAUGUCUCAUUUGGCAAAACAAGUACAAAAGGCUUCCACGGACGACAAACAGAAAACUAACAAAGAACAAAAUCAAGAUGAUAUUUUAAAAGAAGCUACAAGUGUGAUGGAACAUAAGCAACAAGUACAAAAGAUUUCCACAGAUGACAAACGCAAAAUUAAUGAAGAACAAAGUCAAAGUAAUACAAUUUUAGAGGAAACUAGAAGUGUAGUGGAACAUAAUCAGCAAAAAGAAGAUAAACGCACAUCGUUUAUCGAGCAAAAAAAGACACAAACGGUGACAGAAAACAAUCCUGGAUCAAAUAAAACUGCAUACAACAUGCCUGAUUUAAGGGAACAGCCACUACAGACUUUCUCGGAUAUAACUCAUAGCAAAGUUCGACCUACUGCAGAUAUUAAUUGUCAUGCUAAGAAAUUUGUGUCUCUCGAUGCAUCAACGACGUCAAAGUGUGCAUACUGUCAAUCAACAAUCUCUUCUCAAUCAGUAUCUUCUAGAUCAAGAUCUCAAUCAGCACCUGGUCUAUUAAUAUCUCCUCAACUAGCAUUUCAAUCAGCUCGUCCGUUAGUAUUUUCUCAAUUAACACCUGCUCAAUCAACACUUCAUCCGUCAGUACCUCCUCAAUUAGCAUUUCCUCAAUCAGCACCUCGUCGGUUAGUAUCUCCUCAAUUAAUAUCUCAAUCAGCACCUCGUCCAUCAUUACUUUCUCAAUCAACAUCUACUCAAUCAGCACUUAUUCGAUCAAGAUCUCAUCCAUCAACAUCCCGUCAAUCAGCACCGUCAAUAUUUUCUCAAUUAGCAUAUCAAGCUCGUCAUCCAUCAGUACCUCUUCAAACAUAUUCUCAAUUAGCAGCCCAAUCAGUAUCCCAACAGCCGCCAUCAUCUAAUACUGCUGAUAAUCAAAUAUACUCAUCUCGAACAAAUGCACCAAUUACAUCAAUUCAGAUUAAUGCUUCAGAUAUUUACAAAAACCACAGUAAUAUUAUAAUACCGAGUACAAUAAAAAGUAUCUGCACCUACGUUGAAUUUUGCCGCGAAUUUAUUCGAUAUAGGAUUUUAAGAACAUCAUAUACUUAUGUAGAAUUCAUGCAAAGAAUGUCCAUGUACGUGACGCAAAUAAAGCAAGACUUGGAAAAAUUGCAAGCAUUGCUACACAUGAAAGAUAUUCAGAACGUUAUAACUUACGUUAAUAAAUAUAAGACAUUCGAUCAAAUGCUAACGUGGAAAGAAAUUUGCAAUUAUGUUAAUCUUGUGCGAUCUUAUACACUUUACUCCACACAAAUCUCACAGCAGAACGCAAGCCCUAAUGCAACACAUAAUUCGAACAUUAGCGAAUCGGUUCCAAAUACAUCAAUAUCGAAUGUUAACGCGCAACCACUUUUAAGGAAUGUUUCAUUUCCAGAGCCAAGAAUGUCAUAUCAAAACAAAUUUAGACAAUUUUUAACAAUGCCAUACCAAAUACCAACGACUUCAAACAUCAAUCAGCAGCAAUUGUUUGACAAUGCAGAUAAUUAUCCACGGGUGUCAUACUCAAGACAAGUUAAAUCAAAUAUCUGCCGACGACGUAUAUCUCGUGCACGUGGAUCUAGAGCAUACUCACGUAUAUCGAAUACUAAUAAGGAACAAUCUUCAAAAAAUCAAUAUACGCUAUCAACUAAUAUGUUAAAUAUUGAUAUUCAACAGGUUUCCAUGAGUUUAAGUAACGCUUCAUCAGCAAAUACUAACAUGCAUUCAUAUGGACCAGUAAAUCAAGAAAAUAUAAAUAUGCCUCCUAUAAACAAUACGAAAUGUGCAAGACAAUCAUGCACCGUGUCAACAAAAUGUGAUAGUAGUACUGCAACUGCAUCUGUUGCUAACGCGCAACAACAAAGACAAUACUCCCAAUCGUCACAAAUUAAUUUGAAUCAGACUGCGCACAAUAUCACGUCAUCUGGAACUUCCACAGUAAAUUCUGAUGCUUCAAGCACCGACACAAUGAGAAACGUUAAAGAUGGAAGCGCAAAUGUGAAUCAGCAGCAAGCAAACUGCAUCCUGCAAGUCUCUCAAGCAUCUUCGGAAAGAACGCAAUUUUUACCACAAAACAAUUUAAAUUCAAAUAAAGUUGUCAUAUCUAAUCUUAUAGUAAUAUUGCCAACACAUUCUGUUCAGAAUGCUUUGUCAAAUCGAAACAUGCAGCAGAUACCACAGCUAGUAAAUGAAGCAAAUACAAAUAUGUCUCUCGCAAUCACGGAAGGAUCAAAUGUUGCAUCAAAAAAUAUAAUUAGCAAUACUGAAAUCGCCACACGCCACCAAUUACAAUCACAAGAUACAUCUACAUGUGCAAUUGCUCUAUUGAUUAACAAUACAUCGCAGAAUGUGGGACAAAACAUGCCGAAUAAAGAAACAAAGAUUCUUGAAUCGCAAAAUAAAAAUCACAUGCAAAAGGAGGUACCGUUUAUAAAUCCGCAACAAAACUCGACCGCACAUAAUAUAUUGCAAAAUAUAUCUAACACUGCUUUAAAAACGUCCACUUCGCAGAGCUCGAAUAUAUCUCAAAAUAUGAUCUCUACAAUGCCUUUACAAACGUGUAAUAAAGCGUUUAUUUUACCACAGAUUACAGAAACAAACCAAGUUAUUUAUCAUUUUAAUCUGUCGAAUUUUACAGACAUUCAAAAAAUUAUAUUACACGAUCAAAUACAAUUGUAUUUUCAGAUAUCAAAUGAAAUGGAACGUUUCUUUAACGAACAGGAAUAUAAACGUAUUCACCAUGAGAAAACAGCAUUGUUUAAUUUGUACCAAGAUUUACAUAAUUAUACUGAAAAAUACGUUAAGGAUAAUUCACAAAAUAAAUCACAAAGCCAGUCGUUAUUGCAAGAAAACACGAUACGAACACCGGUAGAUAAAUCAACGAAAACUCAGUCUGAUCAAGAUAAUAAAAAUAGUUUAGUACAUAAUAGUGAUUUAGAAAAGCAAUCUAUUGAUUCGGAUAUUUCCAAAAAUUCAAAACUUACGGCGCCAAAGAAUAAUUUAAAAGCACAAAAUGAAGAUUUCGCAAUAACCGAGAAAUCACUUCCAAAAAACACUUUAAUAAAAAAAUACAAAUAUACAGAAGUAACGCAAACUACACGCGAGGAGACUGGCAAAACAAUAUCAAAGUUUUUUUUAAUACAUCAAGAAGAUCAUACGAACGAAUGGAGUGAUAAUUCCAGCGAUGGAACAUCUGAAAGCUCCUUGAAAUUGUAUAUCGACGAAAAUCCGGAACAAUCACAAAGGCAGGAACAGUGCGAUAAGAUCUCGUCUUCUGAAGGAGAAAACUCAAAUGCGUCACAAGCUUCAGCAUCGCGAUUACUUAAUGCAAAAUACAAAUCAACAAAAAUAACACAAAUACAUACGGCAGACGAGGAGCACAUCGAAACAAUGUCAGAACAUUGUUUAAAUGCACAGCAAGAAGAUUCUACAAACAAAUGCAAUUCUUCCGAUGGAAUGUUUGAAAGCUCCUCGAAAUUGUGUAGCGACAAAAAAUCGGAGAAAUCGCAAAAGAACGAACACGAAAAUGCACAACAAGAAGAGUUUGCAAAUGAUCGAGAUAAUGAUUCUACCGACAAAACAUCUGAAAGUCCUGAGAAAGUGCAUGUUGAUGAAAGUAUAAAAAAUACAGAAGUAAUAUUAUCUUCUUCAAAAAAUAUUUCUGAUGCAAAUUUUACGGAUAUAAGUCAAGAAUUUCUAACUGAAGCACAAGAUGCCGAAAUUACAGAAGAAGAAAAUAGUAGACAAUCGCUAGUAAAUAUGGAAGAAAUGUACCUUCCGGAAAUGUCAUUGAAAUUUGAAGUUUCGGAAGAGGCAUCGAAUACAGAAGAGAGCAUAACGCAAUUGCUGUAUCUUCUCGAAAAUAGUGAUGAUAUAAAAGAGCUUCUUGAGGACAUAGAAAAGGAGAAACUGAUAAUAGACACUCACAAUAACAUUAAUGCGACCAAUGACCACAGGAAAGAGGAAGAGAAGGUUUCCAUAGAAAACAAUGACAACUCUGAAGUCACUGAAAUAAUCUUGCCAAGAAUUUUGAAUGUUAGAAGCAUAUCGCCAUCAUUAUUCGAAAAGUUAGAUAAUAUAAAUACAUUUUCUCAAAACGAAUUGGAAAUGUUAAGUAAAAAUGACAGAAGAUCGUUAAAUAUAAAUAACGAUCUAGAAAUUUCAGACGAGUAUGACAAGCCAUGUUUACGUUGUAAACGUAAAAGUAUGGUAUGUUGUCAAGAUUGCUUGAAAGCUUAUUAUUGCUCAAGACGUUGCUCAUCUUUGCAUUGGAAUGCGGAACAUCACAAAAAUUGCAAAGGUUGAUCAUUUGUAUCGAUUUAGUUUAAAAAUACAUAUUAUUUAACAAAUUAUGUAAGAAUACUAUUAUAUGUUAUCUGUGUCAUUACUUGGUAGCAUCUUAAAAUUUUCAUCAGAGUUUUACUAGUACUUCAAACUUCUCAGAACUAAAGUAUUCCACACAAAAAAUAUUCUACUUAUAAGCGGGGAAUUCCCCUUAACAGAUUUUCCAAGCAAAACAUCUUAUAAGAAACAUAUUCCUCUUUAAAAUAUCUGCAUAUGGACAAGGGAAAACAUAAACUAUGAUAAAAAGAAAAUUCCUUCACAAAAAAUUCAUUUAUAACGAUCUGAAAACCUCUUGAAAUAAGAGGAUGCAGAUCACGAGGCGUGCAGAUUGCGUCAUUUGUUAAUGCGCACACAUGCAAGAUAACCAACAGGCCAAACAACUCGUUGCUCUGUGUGGACGACGCGACAGUUAUCGAGUUUCUAAUAUAUAGUGUGAAGGAAGAACAUGAACAAAGUGCAAAAUUUUUAAAAGAAGUACAUUUAGGGGAUGAAGAACAACAGAAUAGUGAAGGCAGCCAUGAUCCAAAAACCGACCACCAUAACAGCCAGAGGAAACCACCAAAAAAAUAGUACAAGAGUUGGACAAGCUCACAAGAUAACACUUAACAAAAGCAGAAGAUAUAACAUGUCUCUAAACUAAGAAGAAGAAAAAUUUGGAGGAAUAUUGGCCGGCAUUUCAAAAUUGAAACAUAUCAGGUUCAGAAAAUAGUGACUCUGAAGCAGAUAUGUAGACAGAACAAAACGAAAA